CAACAGAAAGAUAGUAAAGUGUAAUGAGAUACUAUUUCUCAAUAAAGAUAUAUGAAUAUUCAUUUUUAACAAUUGUUAUUUCUGCAGCCGGAAAAUUACCAAAGAACAACAGGAUUUCAUGGAGAGGGGACUCAGGGCUGUCGGACGGCAUCAACGACACCAACUUCUUCAAGGCGGGACUGGUCGGAGGCUACUACGAUGCCGGAGACAACACAAAAUUCCAUUUCCCCAUGUCAUUCGCCAUGACAAUGCUCAGCUGGAGCGUGAUUGAGUACGACCAAAAGUACCGGAGCAACGGCGUACGACCACAUUCGGGAACUCAUCAAAUGUGCACCGAUUACCUCCUCCUCACCUUCAAUUCCUCCGCCACCAAGAUCGACAGUAUCUACAGUCAGGUCGGAGGGUCUCAGAACGGCAGCAGAAUCCCAGAUGACCAUACUUGCUGGAUGCGACCGGAGGACAUGGAUUAUAAACGACCCGUCCAGAUCGCGAACGCUGGGUCAGAUCUUGCCGGCGAGAUGGCUGCGACGCUAGCGGCGGCCUCAAUCGUGUUCCGCGACAACGAUGCUUACUCAAAAAAGCUAAUCAAGGGAGCUGAGACGUUGUUCGCCUUUGCCAGGGAUCCCGGCCGCCGGAGAAGGUACUCCGUCGGAAACUCUUUCAUCGAACCAUAUUACAAUUCUUGCGGGUACUACGACGAGUACAUGUGGGGUGCGGCGUGGCUGUAUUACGCCACCGACAACAACACCUACAUUUCGAUCCAUCUGUUGAUUCGAUCCAUCUGUGGAGGUAUUACGCCACCGUCACGAACCCGUGAGCUGGGUUCCUCGCGAACCCAGGCUCUUGGGUUCUCCUGGAGGUAAAAAAAAAAAAAGAAAAAAAAAAGGCUGGAGGAAGGAGAAACCGGGGAAGAAGAUAAGGGUAUAUUAGUAAUUAAAGGUAAAAAAUUUAA